AAACAAACAACAAUGGGUUGUGGACUAACUGUACAGGAGAAGCAGAGAAGGCUUGACCAGAAGAGGAUCAUCAGGAUCAAUGACGAUGUCAUGCACCAGGAAGUGCUGGAUAGGAUGGUUAAGGUGGUUAGAAACCAUGGUAUGAAAGUUGGCAUCAAUGAUCACCCUAAAAAAUUUAUUCUGAAUUUUAAGAAUAAGGAUACCAAGAACUUAAUCUUAGCUCUAAAAAGAGAGAAAGCGGAAGGAAAAGGAAGGCUCCCAGACAUGGACAUAGUAAAAAUUAUCUCAGUACGAGAGCCUAAGGAUAUGGUUGUCAGAGAUUUCUUAAUAGACCACAUGCCAAAGAGAGUUGGGGAGUUACAUUUUGACCUCAAGCCGAAACAUAAAUCAAAGGAUUUUAGGUACUAUCAAUUUGAGUUGCUCAAAUGCUUUGAUAAGACUCUGAACUCAGUUUAUCUCAAUGGGCUCAAGAUCAACAAGGGACAACUUGAGCUCACUUUUAAAAGAUGAUAUAAGGUUGGAACCUUGUCUUUUUCGCAUUGAAUACUGGCCGACAUGCCUCUUAUGCUUGAAGGUAGAGACUCUACAGCUUCCGAUAACCAAAAAGAGAAAAACAUUGAUUAUAAAAUAAGUGAAUUAGAAUUCCAUAACUGUAAAAAUCAAGAUGAACUUGAUUGGGAUUCGAACGAUCAAGGGUUCAUCUGUAUCAUCGAAGGGAUACUAGCUUGACAACUUAAAAAUUCUCUAGAAUAUAUCGUUGUUAGAGGUUGUGGGCUUAGUGAGAAGAGGACCAAAAAUAUACUGAAUGAAUACAAACUUGAUAUCGAGCUCAUCACUGAAGUUUCAGAUGACAGUGAUAUGAUUAGUCUAGAUGACAUUAAUCCAACCCUCAACGAAUUUUCCCAAAGUAAAAAGUUUUCAAGCAUCAAAAAUUCAAAUAGCAACGACGAGGUGAACCUAUCCAGCUCUGAUCAGGAGGAUACUCCUGAAGAGGAUACCCCCGAAGAGGAUACUCCUGAAGGGGAUACUCCUGAAGAGGAAUCAUCCGAUUACAUCUCCUUCUAAACCCCUUCAUCUAAUGUACUAAAUUUAAUAUUCCCAUUAAGUGUUCAGUC